GAUAAUAAAAACCGAACAAAUCGUUUCUCGAUUAGGAUUUGGUGGAUAUAGAAUAAAUUGGAAUGAUGAUAGACACAAAAUGGCUCUUGAAAAGGCUAUAAAAAGUGGGAUCAAUAUAAUUGAUACGAGUGCUCAUUUUGAACUAGGUGAAUCUGAAGAAGUUAUCGGUAAAAUUUUAAAUGAUGCUUUUAAAGAUGGAUUUGUUACUCGGGAGGAUGUGGUAGUCAUCUCCAAAGCAGGAUAUGUGAACACCAAACAUACCAGUCAUUUGGACGAUUCAUUUGCAAAAAUUAAUGAUAAAUCUGCGCACUCUAUUUCUCUCGAAUUUUUAAAUGAACAAAUUUCCGGAUCAUUGUCACGUUUAAAUCUUAAAAAAAUUGAUAUAUUUAUGCUCAAUAAUCCUGAAAGAAUUUUACAAGCAAAGAACAAGAGCGUAUCAAUUAGUAAUUUGUAUCAUGAUAUUGAAAGAGCAUUUGAUUAUUUGGACAAAGAAGUAGCAAAAGGAAGAAUCGGGGGAUAUGGAAUUUGUUCAAAUUCAAUGGCAAUUUCAACAGCAAGUGAUCAUAUUUCUUUACCAACUAUUUAUGAAAAGCUUUCGAAUUCAAGUAAAAAAAAUUUUGUAGCGAUUCAA